ACUAAGCUGAAGGCCCGCAAUUCUGACCUUUGACCCGCCGUGCUGUGCCCGCCCUCUUCUCUCAUCGCUCGCCAUUGUGGGAGCCGCAGUUUCGGCCAUGCCGUCGCACAAAACUUUCCGGAUCAAGCGCUUUCUCGCCAAGAAGAUGAAGCAGAACCGGCCGAUCCCGCAAUGGAUCCGCAUGAAAACCGGCAACAAAAUCAGAUACAACUCAAAAAGGAGACACUGGAGAAGGACCAAACUUGGCUUGUAAGAAGAUUCACUCCCUCUGACAGCUCUGCCAAGUGGGAGAAUGGAAUUGUGGAUCUGAGCGGAACAAUAUUUUCUUUAUUUUCUAUUCUUGAAAAAUAAAGCUGUUGGUGUUUGGCAACUGUA